GCUAGUGGCGAUAAUGAACCACGUCAAGGUCACCACAGUCUUCUUCUUGCUCUCCACUCUCCUCCUCGCCGUAUCCUUUGAGUCUCCACCAACCCCACUCUUUCCCGAUGAAGCUCUCCCAACUAAAUCCGGUUACCUCCCGGUUAAACCCGCCCCCGGCUCCUCCAUGUUCUAUACCUUCUACGAAGCCCAAAACCCAACAACUCCUCUCACGGACACUCCGCUCCUCGUUUGGCUCCAAGGUGGGCCAGGCUGCUCUUCCAUGAUUGGCAACUUCUACGAGCUUGGCCCUUGGCGAGUAGUUUCAAGCGCCACGGAGCUGGAACCAAACCCUGGCGCCUGGAACCGCAUAUUCGGUUUACUUUUCUUGGAUAACCCCAUCGGAGUCGGAUUCAGCAUCGCCGCUUCAAAUCAAGACAUUCCAAGUAACCAGAGACAGAUGGCAGAGCAGCUCUACGCAGCGCUGGUGGAGUUCAUCGAGCAGAAUCCAGGUUUUGAACACCGACCGGUUUACAUAACCGGUGAGAGCUACGCAGGGAAGUAUGUUCCAGCCAUUGGUUACUAUAUCCUCAAAGAAAAGCCCAAUGGGAAGAUAAAUUUAAAGGGCUUAGCUAUUGGAAAUGGGCUAACCGACCCGGUGACUCAAAUCAAGACCCAUGCGGUCAACGCUUAUUAUUCCGGUUUAGUCAACGCGAAACAGAGAGAGGAGCUCGAGAAAGCUCAAGAGGUAUCCGUAUCUCUCGUGAAUGCUCAGAAAUGGCGUGAAGCAGCAGACGCUAGAACCGAACUAUUGACGCUACUGGGAAACAUGACGGGACUUGCGACGCUUUACAACACGGCAAGGACGGUACCGUACAGGACAGACCUUGUGGUAGACCUUCUGAACCAAAGAGAGGCGAAGCGGGUUUUGGGAGUUAGUGAAACGAUGCGUUUUGAGGAAUGCAGCGAUGAUGUGGAAGAGGCUUUACGUGGAGAUGUUAUGAAGAGCGUCAAGUUCAUGGUGGAGUACGCGUUGGAGAGAACCAAUGUGUUGUUGUAUCAAGGUAUGUUGGAUUUAAGAGACGGCGUCGUUUCGACGGAGGAGUGGGUAAAGACAAUGAACUGGUCGCGGUUGGAGAUGUUUUUGGAGGCGGAGAGGAGGGUGUGGAAAGACGGUGACGGUGAUUUAGCUGGGUAUGUACAGAGGUGGGGGAAUUUGUCACACGUGGCGGUUUCUGGUGCAGGGCAUUUCGUUCCGACAGAUAAAGAUGUUAACUCGAGAGAUAUGAUGGAAGCUUGGGUUUUAGGGAAAGGAUUGUUUGGUGGUGAAGAUGUCAAUCAGACAUUAACUUGGAGCUAUUGAUUCAGAAAAAUUGGAUUCUGGAAAUUUUAGUGGAAGAUUUAUUGUACUACUAGUUGUGUUGUGUGACACUGAAUAAAAGUCUGAUUCUGG